AGGAGUUGGACAAGUGAUUAAAAAUUAUCAAAGCUUGUAAAGGAAUCAAAUCCUUGGAAUGAAUGUGAUGCAGAAAUGAGAAGCUGGCAACCCAAAAGCAAUACAUUAUAACAUCUUUCAUGCAUGAACAAACUGAUCAUGCCUUUGCAACACUGAGAAUUGAGAAAGUUUUUUUUCAAGAUUAGCAGUAAUGGGGAAGACUAGCAAAUGGUUGAGAAGCUUCUUGACAGGCAAGAAGGAGAAGGAGAAAGAGAAGAAUAUUAUUAGUAACAAAGCAACUGAAUUGCCUGGAGGAACUCCGGUUUCGAUACCGACAUUGAAAGAGAAGAGGAGAUGGAGUUUCAGAAGAUCUGCAGCAGCCAAAGACUUGAAUUCUCAAGACUUGGUUGAGAAUUCAUCACCAUUUGGUUUGAGAGAUGUUGAUCUUGAUCAGAAAAGGCAUGCAAUGGCUGUGGCUGUGGCCACAGCUGCGGCCGCAGACGCUGCUGUUGCCGCUGCUCAGGCUGCUGCUGCUGUUAUUCGUCUCACCAGUAAAACCAAUGGUAGAACAAGCUCAAUUGAGGAAGCUGCAGCUAUUAAGAUUCAGUCUGUUUUCCGGUCCUAUCUGGCAAGAAAAGCUCUGUGUGCAUUGAAAGGUUUGGUGAAGUUGCAAGCUUUAGUUAGAGGUCAUCUUGUGAGGAAACAAGCUUCGGAAACUCUCCGAUGUAUGCAGGCUCUUGUUACUGCACAAGCAAGAGCUCGAGCUCAACGUAUUCGAAUGAUGGAAGAAGGUCAGACAAACUUGCCUAGGCAAUCUGUUUAUAGAAGAUCACCACAGCAUCCCCGGCUUCGACAGUCAUUUGAAAAGGAGAGGUGUUUAGAGGACAAUGCCAAGAUUGUGGAGAUGGAUCUUGGUGAAUCAAGAGGCAGCACAAAGAGUAGAAAUAGUUACUCAAUGGCACAGUCUGAAAGAAAGGAUCACAGGUUCUCUGAUUACUAUGGAUGUUCUUAUGAGCCUUCAAACAUGGACAUUCAUCAAAUAUCCUCUUCACCUUCGGUUUUUACUGAUAUUAGUCCUAAGGCUUGCAGUGGUCACUUUGAAGAGUUUUCCUUCAACACGGCACGAAGCAGUCCACAGUAUUUCUCUGCUGCAUCCAUGCCUGAUUACUCAUUGUAUCCGAAUUACAUGGCAAAUACUGAAUCUUCAAGAGCGAAGGCGCGUUCGCAAAGUGCACCAAAACAAAGGCCUGAUGCUUGGGAAAGGCAAUCUAGUAAGCGAAGGCCAUCGGUGGAAGGACGGAAUAUUCCUAGAGCUGUUCGGAUGCAACGAUCUUCUUCUCAUGUCGGUACUACUGCAAUGAGCUACCAAUAUCCAUGGUCAAUCAAGCUUGACAAAUCUAGCAUCUCAUUAAAAGACAGUGAAUGUGGUUCAACAAGCACUGUAAUGACAGCAAACACCAAUUUCUGCAAAUCUUUAGCCUAUGAGGUUCUUGGAACUCGGUAUUGACACUGCAGAAGAGAUUCAGUUUAACUCAAGAAUGUUUGGUUUUUUUUUUCUUUCAUCUUAAUUUGUUUAUAGAGGUUUGAGUUUUCGUUUUUAUUUCUUUGUAGAGAGAUUUGGAGGAGAAAAUCCUUUUGUAAUUGCUUUGAUGUUAACCAAGAAUGCAAUUGAAAAUAUCUGAUGAUUGCUUACGUUCACAAUCUUCAUGCUAAUUUUUCUGCUGAAGAAUUUCAGAAGAAAAC